AUGAAUACUCUUCGAAGAGCAUCCCUCACCAAGCCCGAGGAGGAGGGCAAGGCAUGGCCUGCCAUCGCCAUUGGCAUGUUUGUUGCCUUUGGUGGUGUCCUCUACGGCUAUGAUACUGGUACCAUCUCUGGUAUCCUUGCCAUGCCCUACUGGCAACGCCUCUUCAGCACCGGUUGGAGAGAUUCGGACGGCGACCUCAACAUCACCACAUCCCAGGAGUCUGGCAUCGUCUCCAUUCUCUCUGCUGGCACCUUCUUCGGCGCCCUCUCUUCUCCCUUUAUGACUGAUUACAUCGGUCGUCGCCCCGGUUUGAUGAUUGCCACCUGGGUCUUCAACCUAGGUGUGGCACUUCAGACUGCUGCUACUGCUAUCCCUAUGUUCCUUGCUGGACGAUUCUUUGCCGGCUUUGGCGUUGGUCAAAUCUCAGCCAUCAUCCCCCUCUACCAGUCCGAAACAGCCCCCAAGUGGAUUCGCGGCGCCAUCGUAGGAGCCUACCAAUGGGCCAUCACUAUCGGUCUCCUCCUCGCCGCCAUCGUCAACAACGCCACAUCCAAGCGCAACGACACGGGCUCCUACCGCAUCCCCAUCGCCGUCCAGUUUGCCUACUCCCUCAUCCUCUUUGGCGGAAUGUGCAUCCUCCCCGAGACGCCCCGCUUCCUCAUCAAGCAAGACCGGCACGACGAGGCCGCCAAGGCCCUGGGCAGGAUUCGACGACUGCCCCAGGAGCAUCCUGCUAUUCAGUCCGAGCUCACGGAAGUGAGGGCGAACCACGAGUAUGAGAAGUCGCUUGGAAAGGCUUCUUAUCUCGACUGCUUCAAGCCUCCUAUUCUGAAGCGCCAGUUUACUGGUAUGGCUCUGCAGGCUCUUCAGCAACUCACUGGCAUCAACUUUAUCUUCUACUAUGGCACCAAGUACUUUGAGAACUCUGGCAUCUCGAGCGGCUUCGUCAUUUCCAUGAUCACAUCAGCCAUCAACGUCGCCUCUACCAUCCCCGGCAUGUACGCCAUCGACAAAUGGGGUCGUCGCCCUCUUCUCUUCUGGGGCGCCAUUGGCAUGUGCGUGUCCCAGUUCAUCGUCGCCAUGUCAGGUACAUUCUCGACGGGCCAGAACGAUAACGGCACAAUCUUUGUCAAGAACCUCGCUGGACAAAAGGCCGCCGUGGCGUUUGUGUGCAUCUACAUCUUCUUCUUCGCCUCCACAUGGGGCCCCCUUGCUUGGGUCGUCACCGGCGAGAUCUUCCCCCUCAAGACCCGUGCCAAGUCUCUCAGUAUGACUACUGCGACCAACUGGCUCCUCAACUGGGCAAUUGCCUACUCAACCCCCUACCUCGUCGACUUUGGCCCCGGCAAGGCCAACCUCCAGAGCAAGAUCUUCUUCAUCUGGUUCGGCUGCUGCUUCAUCUGCAUCGCCUUUGUCUACUUCUUCAUCUACGAGACCAAGGGUCUCUCCCUCGAAGAGGUCGACCAGCUCUACGACGAGGUCAGCGUGGCGCGCAAGUCCACAAAGUGGAAGCCCACGGAAUCCUGGGAGCACCGCCAGAGCGUGUCUGGACCCGGUGGAAAGAUGUUUGGAAAUGAGCAUGGCGAGGCCACGCACGAUGAGAAGAACGAGACUGUUUAA